GAAAAGAACAAAAAGAAGAGGGCAGUUGCACACCUGGUUAAGCACACUCACUGUAGUACUCAAGGAUGUGGGUUCAAGCCCCCGGUCCCCACCUGCAGGGGGAAAGUUUCACGAGUGGUGAAGCAGGGCUGCAGAUGUCUCUCUGUCUCUAUUUCCCCCUCCCCUCUCAGUUUCUGUCUCUAUCCAAUAAUAAGUAAAUAAAAAUACUAAGAAAAGAAGAGAAAAGAAAAUGGAAAUCACCCCAGGUGCAGGAGGCAGCUGACUGUCCUGGGAGGUGGACUUUGGGAUGCCAUCCUGCCCCCCCCCCCCGACCUUUACCCACCACUCCUUGAGGACUGGGUUCCUCUGGACUUGCUACUUCCUGCUCCUGGCAGCCACUGGUAGAGACCAUGGAAGUGUGGGUGCAGCUGUGGCAGGCAGGACUCAUGCCCCCGGAGCUGGGCGCACCCCCCCAGGUCUUCAUGAGGGUCCCCCCGGAGAAAGCUGGCCAGACUACUGUGUCCCCAGGACCAGACACUGGGGGUACCAGGGAGAGUCUGCUGUGGAUCUGGGAGGAGCUGGGGAAGCUUCGCAGAGUGGACGUCCAGCUGCUGGGCCAGCUGUGCAGCCUGGGGCUGGAGAUGGGGGCAUUUCGGGAAGAACUGGUCGCCUUCCUGGAAGAAGAGGAGGACAUCCUGGAGGAGGAGGAUGAAGAGCCUGAGCAGCAGGAGGAAGGACCCGCGGGGGGCUCCUACUCAGAGCCUGGCUACCGGCUCCCAGACUUUGAGAUGACUAUCUGAGGUCCUGGUCUGUGUCCUUAUGGACAGAUGAAUGAGAUGCCAGUUGAUGCAAAGACGAGAAGGGUGUGGGUGGAGAGGGCCUGCAGCUCUGGAGUCAUGAUCCACCUGUGCUCCUCAGGCUCAUGUCUCCCCACCUCUGCCCCACCCCUCCCACAGUCUGCAGAGAGAUUGACGGCUGGCCUGUGAGCAGCUGCAGGUGCAUUUGCAGACCAGUCAUGACUGAGCUGCAGGGGAGACUCGGGUCUCUGCAGAUCGGUGGAGAUGCCCAGCCCACAGGUGAGGCUUCCCAUCAAGGCUGGCAGCAUGGCAAAUGCUGGGCACAGGUGGUACUGAGCCCCCGAGGCCAGGACUGGUCUCGAUUGUGGUUCAGCAUAUAUAGAGCAUUUAUUAAAAUACCAAACAUUCUGAUGAUGGAAAAAAAAAAAAAGAAGCAAACUGUUUUGAAGACUCAAUCUCUGGGUCCAGGUGAUAGCGUACCCUGUUAAGUGCACAUAUUACCCACAAGGACCCAGGUUCAAGCCCCUGGUCCCCAUCUGCAGGAGAAAAGCUU